AUGUCUCCAUCACCCGUUUGGGCUCCAUUUGAGCCUCGCCUGUCAAAUUCCGAGACUUCGUCGCUCUACGUGCUUUCCAAGAGCAAGCUUGGAGAAGGCUCAUAUUCCACGGUGUUCGAGUGCAAGAGCACCGUCACAGGACUGCAUUAUGCUACCAAAAUGUACUCAAAGAAGCUCGUGUAUGGCCUCGAAUCAGCCAUCCAAAACGAGUUCGAAAUCCUCAAAAAAAUCUCAAUGAACCACCCCAACAUUCUCACGUUGGUGGAUCACUUCAAUAGCAAGGACCUGAUCUACCUUGUCACGGAUUUAGCCGCCGGUGGAGAGCUUUUUGAGCGAAUCACCAGUCCUCCCAACUACAAGUUGACUGAGGGCCAGGCCAGGGAUAUCACCAAGACCUUGGUCAACACCGUGGAAUACCUCCACUCCAACCACAUCGUGCAUCGUGAUCUUAAGGCGGAAAACCUCCUUUUCCACUCCAAAUCCUCGUUUGAAAUUUUGGUUGCUGACUUCGGAUUGGCCAAAGUCCUUGAACCUGGCCAGAAACUCCAUGAUGUCACAGGCACCCUCAGCUACAUGGCUCCCGAGAUGUUUGACCGCAAGAAGGGUCACGAUUUCAGCGUAGACAUAUGGGCUAUAGGAGUCAUAGCAUAUUUUAUGUUGUGUGGGUACAUGCCGUUUGAUUGCGAAACAGACAGCGAGACCAGAGAAGCAAUCGCUAACGCAGACUACCCGUACGAGCCUGCCGAGUAUUGGGACCAUAUCUCUCCUGAUGCCAAGCUGUUCAUCGACUCGUGCUUGCAGAUAAAUAACAGGCCAGGUGCCAGAGAAUUAAUGGCACAUUCAUGGAUCGCAACAGACUGUCAGGCACAGAAGAGCUCCUUUAACAACCUUGUCAAGUUGCGGGAAUCGGUGAUGCUCCUCCACCAGAAACAAGGAUCGGAAACUAUCUCGCUGCCAAAUGCUUAUCUGCUGGGAAUUCUGCCUGUUGGGUCGUACAACAACCUCUCGAUGUUCAAGCUAACUCAACUUGAAAAGGGUAGAAAAAAUUCUCUUGCUGAGGGUGCUACAUUACAAGGAGCGAUGUGCCGGUCUCCAGAACAGGUAUCGCGCUUCAAUACGCCUACUGGCUCGGCUGCAGUCUCUCGCCAGCACUCGCUUGAGAAGAUUGCUGCUGGAAGAAGAGCCGUGGGUAUGGUUGCUUCUCGAAGCGAGGAACCACCUAAAUUUUUCCUUUGA